CCACCCUCGUUACUCCGCGUUCCCCACCGUUCACUCUUAAAGGUGCCUUCCUUGUAUUUGCAGCAAAACACCAACCCGGCAAGGCGUGCGCAUUCAGCACCUGGCGCCUCUAUAAAACUACUAGUUGCGCGUUGCUGUCGACUGCACGGCCUCCUUGUAUGGUAUGGGUGAUCUCUAUGCGUGGCUCGUCUCCUUCUUCGUCCUCAUAGCCCUUCUUGUGGUCGUCGUUUACCAGCUUAUGUGCCUGGCGGAUCUAGAGUUUGAUUACAUCAACCCUUAUGACUCCUCAUCUCGGAUAAACAGAGUGAUUGUACCAGAGUUCAUUUUACAAGGAGUCUUAUGCAUAUUCUAUCUUGUGACUGGGCAUUGGGUUAUGACACUGUUGUCUGUUCCAUACCUUUACUACAAUGUGAGACUGUACUUGCGAAAGCAGCACCUGGUAGAUGUCACUGAGAUAUUCAACCUGCUCAAUUGGGAAAAGAAGCAACGGCUUUUCAAACUCUUCUAUCUUAUCUGUCUCCUCUUUCUCUCCAUAUUUUGGAUGAUUCUAACUGCAUUGGAUGACCAUGACUAGAUGGGGGCUCACUUUAUGGAGCUUGUUUUGGAGGUAUUCAAUGCCGCAAACUAUUAUUGCCUUGCGUUGCAUUGGAGAUAAAUUGCUCUCCCCUAACAACACCUUGUUGUAACUGAAUUAAUUUCAGGCUUAUUAUUUGUUGAAACUAAGUUAAUCUCUUCAGCCUCAGUUUUCAGGCAUUGUAAACUCUCUCUCUCUUUGCCUUGUGCUUUUUGGUAAUGAGAAAUGUUCAGUUUUCAUCUUUUGUUCCUCCCAUAUAUUCAAUGUUGAAUUUAGAAAAAAAUAUGAGGCAAGAGAUGAAUGUGUAACACUGUUACUUCUCUUUGGUAAUUAGCUACAGUUAGAGUUAUAUGGUCUGUUAACAAUUUUGGCAUU